CUUCGAGACCAGUGAUACUUGCCUACACUGAAGUGUGAUAGUAGUACCAUGAGCCAUAUACUUCUGUCUAUUUGCUUGAUAUGUUUCUGCGCAUUGGGUUUUGUGUGUGUGGAUGGCCGUAGGAUAUUAUUUGAAAACGUUGUUCAAAAUUCCGGACAUAACAAUAUACUCGUCGAUCUACGCGUUCGAAAGUUCAAUCGUACAUUGACGGUACUGAACGGAUCAAUCGUCACUUUCAAUUGGAUUGAUGACAUUCCACAGCUCUCGUUGGAUCUCUUUUACAGCCGGCUCGGAAAUCAGCAGUUUAAUCACUACCCGAUGAAGUUCCCUUCGUGCGGUACCUGCAGCUUUAUCGAUCACAUGCACCGGAACUACGGGAAAUACAUUGCACCGUUGAAAAACUUUCCAGCACUAGGCGAAUGCCCGUUUUCGCCACGGUCCAUCAAUAUUGUCGACUUUGCAUUUCCGGAGGAAGCGGUCCCGAUGGUAAUGCCGCUAGGGCUUUGGAAGGUGGUGAUAUCCCAACGAAAAAAGGGGGAGAAAACGUUGGACUUCUACUAUCUUAUAAAAUCUGAUAACUUUUAAGGUUUGAUUAUAGGGUAGCUUGUUAUAGCUGCAGUAAAAUGUGCCGUUAUGCUGCACCAUUAUUUACUCUAACGAGUCAGUUGGUUAACAUAUUCAUUAGUUCCUAACAAUGUAAACAAUAUGCUAGAAUAAUAGUAGUAGUAAUGUAACACUGAAUGUGCGUUGAGAUGUAAACGAGAAAUUCAAACUCAUUAGGUGUCAUCCAUCUAAUAU